UGCAGGACUCAGGAGAUGUGCUCUGGUGAGGGUGGAUGGCUAGCUAGAGAGCUCCUUUUGACUCUGGGCCUUUGUGUGUCUCCCUCCAGAUUCGAGGAAGGUGGCAGGAGAAAGUGUGGCCAGUACUGGCCCUUGGAAAAAGACAGUCAGAUCCGAUUUGGCUUUCUCACGGUGACCAACCAAGGAGUGGAAAACAUGAACCAUUAUAAGAAAACAACGCUGGAAAUUCAUAACACAGAAGAACGACAAAAGAGACAAGUGAUCCACUUCCAGUUCCUGAGCUGGCCAGAUUAUGGCGUCCCUUCUUCAGCUGACAGCCUGAUUGACUUCCUCAGAGUGGUCAGAAACCAGCAGAAGAUGGCGGUCAGGAACUUGGGACCACGCUUCAAAGGUCAUCCCAGAGGGCCGCCCAUCGUGGUCCACUGCAGCGCAGGCAUUGGCAGGACAGGCACCUUUUGUUCGCUGGACAUCUGCCUGGCACAGCUGGAAGAGCUGGGCACGCUGAACGUGUUUCAGACAGUGUCCCGCAUGAGGACCCAGAGGGCAUUCAGCAUCCAGACCCCGGAGCAGUACUUCUUCUGUUACAAGGCCAUCAUUGAAUAUGCCUUGAAGGAGGGCUUGGUGCCCCCUGGCUGCCAUCUGCUGAGCAUCGAGAGGCAGUAGCUGGCACCUGGGGCCUCUCACCUGGUGCAGGAACUGGCUGCCCAUCAGUAACCUUCCGCCAGCCUUCCUCCCUCUCCCUGGGACACUGCCAAGCCCCUAGGCGGCCAUCAGUAAUGUUGAAACAUCCACCUCUUUCUACGUCUCCUGGUACAUGGCAGCCUUUUCCUUUGGCUAGCUAGCUCUGAUGAAAUCUCCACAAGUAGCCAGUGGCUAGCAGCUCGUGUUCUUAAUUUCUAGCACCUGCUAUUGAACUGUGCCUUAUUAAAACCAAAUUGUGGCUACCAUUUCUGACAGGGGUCCCCAGAGGUAAGUGGGAAAGCAUCUUCUCUUCCCCUCUCAAACCUCCCUCACCUCGACUUUGCCAUAGUUUGAUGGGGAAGGAGGUGAGAGACCUCCUCUAGUUCAUCCCAGGAGAAUUUGAUCAACCCCAUAUCUUAGAGGUCAUCCCCAGUGCCAAGAAGGUGUAAGAAGUAAGGCAUGUCCUCCAGUCUUAUCUACCAUUCUGUGUGCCUGUGUAUGUAUGUUACGUGUGCGUGGGUCUGGAUCUGUCUGUAUGUGUGUGUAUGUAAUAUAUACUGUAUGUGUUAAUAUGUACGUAUUAUAUAAAUCCAUAUGUACACACCUCUUUCCAGCAGUUCAUGGGGCUCCAUGCUGGAGGUCAGGCUGCCAUGUUCCUCGGAGGUCGCUUCAGAAACGGCACUGUUCGUUGCCCAUGGGGCGCUCCCACCCGAGGGAAUGUGGGAGGGGAGUCAAUUAUGCAUUAUGUUGUUAGACAGGGAGGAUGUUGUGACAAUGUCCUUCACCCUACUCCCCGCCAUCUACACCCUCUCCUGAGUGUGGACCAGUCCCCCUCUUGGUCAUGGCCUGUCUUUGGCCCUGGGAAUGCUGUAUGUGGUGACCCUGGUGCGUUAUUCUCCCAACUUAACAUUUUUUUUCUCUGUUUACCUUAUCCACUGGGGAAACCCUUUACCUUGAAUAAGGAGCUGCAGAUCUCCACUGUGACAUUCGAACCCCUAUUUCUCCCUAGUCCUCCCCAGGGGAUGAUGGGGAUUAACUCACUGAGGAGCCAAGGCCAAAGGCAAUCGGUACGAAGUCUUCAGAGGGCUCACGGGACCCUGGGCACAAUACGGGUUGGGGAGCUUGACCUGAGGGAAUCACUUGACGAGAAGAGCUUUUCUUUCUCAUUUGCCUUUCUGAAGCAUUCCCCUCUCUGCUGCCUCUUACCCCUGCCUUCCGCUGCAUCCCCCUGCCUUGUCAUCGGGAUGCUACAUCCUGGUUCUGGGCCAAGAAAGAGCUGAAAGCGGCUCCUGGCUGGGGGCUCCCCACAGAGAGACCCCCCAACUCUGGAAUUGCUGUUCGUCACCCCACUGUCCUGCCCCAGCCCAACAUCACCAACAGCUCCACCCUGUGCUGAGGGGAGACCGUCAGUAAUGCAAAAACUCCUCUCUCACAGAAGAUGAGGUUGGCGGCUGAGCGGCCCUCGGUCAUUUGAUACUGUAACAAGCUCUUUGAAUGUGUAUAUUCUUAUUUUUACAAUCUUUUCAUUUUGUAUUUAACGUUCAAGGAUUGAGUCAGAUUUGGAGAAUAAUUGUAAAUGUUCAUAUUCAAUACCUUAUGGCGAUACAAUUUUGUAUUUACAUAUAAAUAUACCUACAAAUGAUCUGAC